CACAACCAUCAAUCAUGCAGCCAAGCAAGAAGAGAAGAAAGUACACGUGGGAUCCUAUUGAGCUCAGAUACGAAAGGCCUCCAAAGGACCCCAGGAAUAGCCUGCUACAUAAAUAUAAUCCUCUCUCUCGCUCCCUUUUCUGCUGGAUCGACUCUUUAGUCUUUAAAGGAUUUAGGCACGAGCUAAAGGAAACUGAUUUAUAUGCUCACCCAUCGGAGGCUGACUCAGAAAAACUGUCACAGAAAUUUGAAAAGCAUUGGAAUACUGAAAAAGAAAGAGCAGGGAAACAGUCAUCUCCAAGGCUAUGGCUGGCCAUAGCAAAAUGUCUUUCAUGGAGAAUAUUGCUACACGGGAUUGUAUCAUUCUUAGUAGUUCUAGCACUCAUAGGCCAGCCUGUGAUCUUGGGAUAUUUGACGAAUUAUUUUGCAAUUCCUGAGCCUACCCAAUCCGACACUCACAGUGCUUAUCUGUUUGCUUUAGCUCUCUCUAUGGUUUCCUUUCUCCUUGUCUUUCUCAACGGUCUCAGUGGAUAUUCUGGAUACAAACUUGGGAUGUUGGUUAGAGUAAUAGCCACAUCUGCUAUUUAUAAAAAGAUUGUUGAGUUACGUCCUAGUCGUAUCAGUCAACUAACGGUUGGUCACAUUAUCAACCUAGCUUCAAAUGAUGUUCAUAGAUUUGAUCAGUCUCUCUUGUUCUAUCACUAUCUGUGGAUUGGUCCCAUACAUUUAGUCAUUGUCACUGCUUUUGUGUACGUUGAGAUCGGCCCCACUGCAUUCCUAGCUGCUUUCCUUGUUGUUAUUCAACUACCUUUACAGCAUUACUUAGGACGAGUUUUUAUUAAGCUAAGAUUGAAUGCAGCCAAGCUAACUGAUAAGAGAGUACUGACAAUGAAUGAAGUCAUCAGUGGUAUCAGAGUCAUUAAGAUGUACGGAUGGGAGUAUGCCUUCCAUCAAGUUGUAUCCAACAUAAGAAGUCUUGAAGUCAAAGCUAUUUUAAAGAGCUCCAUUAUUCGUAUCAUUAAUCUCAGUUAUUACGACAUUUCUCUUCCUUUGAUUUUGUUGAUUGUCUUUUCCGUCUACGUUUCGAUUGACGAAAAUAACAUACUGACAUCAAAAAAGGUUUUCACUACUCUUUCUCUUCUCUCGUUUGUUCGCCUCAUUUCACUUAAGUUUCUUGUUACUUCUGUCAUACAAAUAUCAGAAGGAAGAGUGGCAUUAAAAAGAAUAAGUGAUUUUCUAUUAAUUAAUGAUGAUGAUUUACCUACUCAUGAGACCACAGAAGACAAUGACAGUCAAAUUGAUGACCCUCCAAUUAGCCCACCAAAGAAAUCAAAAUUGAGCAUGUUUAGGAAGAAAUGGAGUAUAGAUACUGACAGUUCUGAUGGAUAUAACUCACUGACAAGACUAGGGGCAAAACCAGGGGAGGAGGAGAGAGAGGAGGAGCUUACAGGUGAUGAUGUCAUUGGUGUUUUGGUAAAGGAUCUUCAUGCGUCAUGGAACAAUGAAGAAGACCUUUCUGAGUGUACUUUAUUGAAUAUAUCUUUCAAAGUUGAUAUGAAAUCACCACUAUUUGCAAUUGUCGGGCCUAUAGGAGCUGGAAAAUCUACUUUGCUCCAAUGUCUCCUGAAGGAGCUGCCUCCUAUUAAAGGAUCAGUAACAAUGAGAGGUACAGUGGCCUAUGUCAGCCAAGAGCCAUGGAUAUUCUCAAGUACUGUGAGGGAAAAUAUACUGUUUGGAUCAAAAUAUGAGGAUGACUGGUAUUAUACUGUACUGGAGGCUUGUGCUUUGAAAAGGGAUAUUGAUUGUCUUAUUAAUGGUGACCUGACUUUAGUGGGAGAGAGAGGAGUGACACUAAGUGGUGGACAAAAGGCAAGGAUCAGUCUGGCUAGGGCAGUCUAUCGUAAAGCUGAUAUAUACCUCCUUGAUGACCCACUGAGUGCUGUUGAUACUGCUGUCAGCAGACACCUUUUUAACAAGUGUAUCAAAGGCCUGUUAUCCCAGUCUUGUGUAUUACUGGUCACUCAUCAGCUCCAGUAUUUGAAACAGUGUGAUAAGAUGAUUGGCCUCAAAGAGGGUGUGGUGACAGUGUAUGGUGAUACAACAGAAAUACUGGAAUGGGGAGAAUCAAAGAUACUGUCACUAAUAGGAGGGAAGGGAGGAGAGAGUGAGGAGGAGGAGUAUGAGGAACAACUGGCAGAGAUGACAUUCAGUGAUGAUGAGAUCACUCCGUUACAUUCACCUCUUGAAGAAAGUGCUUUAUUUCCAGGCUUGUCAAUAUAUGAUUCAUUAGUUAUCAGUAAUUCUGUUAAUGAUGAUACUCCAGCAGUGACCACUCCUGCUCCACCUCCUCUUCUAAAAGCUUUGUCUACCCGUAGCUUUGGAAGGACUCUUAGAUCAAUUACUAGUAUACAAAAUGGAGUAGAAAUACCGGUCGAGACAUUUGAAGCUCCUCCAGAGGAAGAGAGUGUUAGUGGUACAGUAUCAGUUAAAACUUACGCAAAAUACUUCAUCUCUGGAGGGAGCUACUGGCUGCCUCUAGUUGUACUGGUUGUUUUCAUCAUUGCUGAAUGUUCAAUCAUAACUACAGACUGGUGGAUUGCAGAUUGGGCCAAUUGUAAUAAUAAUGAUAGUGCAGUAUCAACAUGUGCUCUGUCCAACAAUGAAAGGAUCGGUAUAUAUUCUGGUCUGGUCUCCUCUCUUUGGAUCAGCUGCUUAUUGAGAAGUUUCCUAUUUUAUGUGUUGUCACUGAGGGCUGCCCGUUCACUCCAUAACAGAAUGUUCUCCUCUAUAAUCAGAGCACCAGUUCUGUUCUUUGAUACUAAUCCUAUUGGUCGUGUGUUGAACAGGUUUUCCAAAGACGUUGGAUUCCUCGAUGACAUUCUUAUUUACUCUUUUUGCGAGUUCUUGCAAUUUUUCAUGAGGUUUCUUGGUAUCAUCAUUACAGCUGUCAUAGCUAAUUAUUACCUCAUUGUAGUAAUAGUUGUUCUCUGUGUUGUCUUUGUACUCUUCAGACAGUAUUACCUUAGAAUGGCUAGAAGCAUCAAACGCAUUGAGGCCUCAAGUCGUAGUCCUCUCUACUCUCAUAUAUCAAUGACUCUCCAAGGCCUAUCAACAAUAAGGGCUUAUGGUAUGGUCCAGGAGAUGGUUAAAGUGUUUUACAAUUAUCACAACAAGCACACACAAGCUUGGUUCCUGUACAUAGUAUCUUCAAGAUGGUUUGGUAUGAGAAUUGAUGCCCUUAGUUCUAUAUUCAUAACAACAGUAGUCUUUGUGUCUAUACCAUUAGCAGGAAGUCUUUCUCCUGGUUUGGUCGGACUUGCUCUCUUUUAUUCAAUAUCUCUCAAUGGGAUGUUCCAGUACUGCAUGAGACUCAGUGCCGAAGUAGAAAACUUGAUGGUGUCAGCUGAGAGAGUCAUUGCAUAUGAUGAGGACAUUUCAAGUGAAGCUCCUUUUGAGACGGACCCUUUGCUUGAGAAACCACCCUCGACUUGGCCGGAAAGUGGAAGGAUAAAAUUAAAAGAUGUGACAUACAGACAUUCUGAGACUUCUCCAUUAGUUCUCAAGGGACUAUCUGCUGUUAUUGAAUCUGGAGAAAAGAUUGGUAUUGUGGGUCGUACUGGUGCUGGUAAAUCAUCACUGGCCUCAGCUUUAUUCCGACUUGCUGAACCAAACGGAUCAAUAGAGAUCGACAAUGUUGAAGUUCUAACGCUCGGACUUCACGACUUGAGACGCCAUUUAUCAAUAAUCCCACAAGAUCCUGUUCUAUUUACCGGGACCGUACGCCAUAACCUGGAUCCAUUUGGUAACUAUGAUGACGAGGAGAUAUGGAGAUCCUUGGAGCAAGUUCAGUUGAAAUGGAGUAUAGAGUUACUGGAUGAAGGACUGGAAGCAAUGGUGACUGAGGGAGGGAGCAAUUUCAGUGUUGGACAGAGGCAGUUGUUUUGCCUUGCUAGAGCAUUACUGAGGAAGAAUAAAAUAUUGAUAUUAGACGAAGCAACGGCUAAUGUGGAUCUGGAAACUGAUGCCAUCAUACAACAAGUUAUACGUGAACAGUUCAGCCAGUGCACUAUACUCACUAUAGCCCAUCGACUUGAAACUGUGAUGGAUUCCGAUAGAAUUAUGGUCUUAAGGUUUGGUGAGAUAGCAGAAUUUGAUGAGCCACAUGUACUUCUUAGCAAACCGAAUUCUUAUCUUUUACGAUUAGUAGAGCACACUGGUCCAGGGACUGCUGCAAAGUUAAAGGAAAUUGCAAGCGAUACUUACAACAUGAGGCAUGGAAUACGAUCCACCGACAAGCCAUUGAGACUGAAAUAAUUAACAUUUGAAAAAAUUUGUGUAAUGAGAUUAUCAAAUGAAAUUGUCACGUAUUUAUCCUAAUUUAUUUAUGCUCUGUAUUUUACAAUUUA